AUGACCAUCUCCAAAAGUAUCCUGCGAUCAAAUCGCUUGAAAGAGCAUGACAAACGCAGGAUUGUUGAUGAAAGCUCGCGCAAAAGGCGUCAGCGAAAAGUCAUGGAAAUGUUGGAAUCAGACAACUACCAUGACGACCCGCAUGCAGACCUUGUCAUGAGCAAAAAAAUCCCGAAAUUCGAUGACAAUCUGGAGCAACGAGCGACUCGCACUAAGAAAAAAGAACGGACCGCCGAUUAUUACCAGAUCAAGUUCAGGAAGAACUUCCAGCAACUUGUGGAGGAGGACAGGGUGGAAGCAGAAGAAAACAGCAGGCCGUCAUAUAUGGACGCGCAAAUCGAAGAUUCACAGUUGCCACCGAGGCAUUUUUGUGCAGUUUGUGGAUUUUUGGGACAAUACAAUUGUCUGGUUUGUGGGACCAGAUUUUGCAGUGUUCGGUGUCAGGACACACAUGCGGAAACGCGUUGUCUCAAAUGGGCAGCGUGAUUUUUAUAUUUACUUUAAGAUAUCUGUGAGGCAUGUUAGUUUAACUUAUAGCUGAUGUUAUAUGUUAUGGGCAAUUAUAUAUGUAUUUUCAGAUAAAUGA